CUUUUGUCAGACUCGACAAGAAAUUUAAUGAUUUAAGUAUAUAAAUUUUAUUUUGUAGAAGGCAGGAUUGUUUACUGUGAAGGUGGAGGUUGAAAAUGUGAAUGCUUAAGGGAGCAGAGUAUAAGCUUGAGCCAAUGCUGUCAGUGAAACGACUAGAUAUUACACUAACGAGAUACUAAGAUAUCUAACAACUAUCUACUCUGAGUGAAAUAAGCAGUCGCGCAUUCCCAUCAAACCUGAACAGUGGUACAUUCUAUUGUACAGUGGAUUACACAGUUCUAGAACUGCUUCACCUGACCGAGACCGAGAACAAAUAAAACAGUGAAACACGAUUCGAAACACGAUUCGAAACACGAUUCGAAACACGAUUCGAAACGCCCUAGACGGAAAGUGAACUCACUCUCCAGCCGUCACUAUGAGAGAGCGGUGCUGGUUACGGCAGUGGUGGUGUGUGAUAGUGUUAAGUGUGUGUUUGAUGGUGUGUGUGGUGGUGAGCGCCCCUGGGGACGAGGAGGGGGGCACCGGCCGCCCCGGCUACCGGCGCCGUCAACAAGUUCCCAGACACACAGGGAGGAACGCGGUGGCCGCAAGAGGGAACGUCUGCCCAUACACAGUCAGCAAGAUGGUGUCCUGCAAGGUUACCAACGGCACCGAGACCUACACUGGCAAGGUUGCCAUUGGCAAGCGUGUCCAGUUCAUGACGAUGACGCGGCCCCGAUAUGUGACGUCGUUUAAGGAGGUGCAGGAUACGGAGUAUGGCUGCUGCCCUGGCUUCUACGGUGACAACUGUGAUAACUGUGAGUUGUAUAAUUACUAA